CUCAACAGACACCUCCUCUAAUUUUUUCAAUGUUCCUUUUCUCAUCCAAAAUUUUCAAGAUUCAUCAUUUCCCAUAAUGUUUUAAUCAUAAAUCCAUGUUACAGAAAAUUCAUUAAGCAAAUGUAGCUGAUGAUUCGCCAAUAAUUUUUUAAAUUUUUUUCGCGCUUAGGGUGCAUCAUCUGUCAUCCAAGAUGAGCACGAAGUGCGCAAAAACGGAGAAAAAGGGCACAAUUUUGAUGCAAAAAUAUGAGAUUGGGAAAUUAUUAGGCCAAGGGACAUUUGCCAAAGUUUAUCAUGCAAGAAACCUCAAAACAGGACAGAGUGUUGCUGUGAAGGUAAUUGACAAAGAAAAAGUUAUGAAAGUUGGAUUAAUCGAUCAAAUCAAACGCGAAAUCUCAGUUAUGAAGCUAAUCAGACAUCCAAAUGUUGUUGAACUUUAUGAAGUAAUGGCUAGCAAAACAAAAAUAUAUUUUGCAAUGGAAUAUGUGAGAGGUGGUGAAUUAUUCAAUAAGGUUGCUAGAGGUAGGCUUAAGGAAUCAGCAGCUCGAAAAUAUUUCCAACAAUUAAUUGCGUCUGUGGAUUUCUGCCACAGCCGCGGGGUCUAUCAUCGCGAUUUGAAACCUGAAAACAUUCUCUUGGACGAAAACGGAGACCUAAAAGUCUCCGAUUUUGGCCUGAGUGCAUUGUUUGAGUCAAAACGACAAGAUGGUCUCCUUCACACGACAUGUGGAACUCCAGCAUACGCCGCGCCAGAGGUUAUAAAUAAAAGAGGAUAUGAUGGUGAAAAGGCUGAUAUUUGGUCAUGUGGAGUCAUAUUGUUUGUUUUGUUAGCUGGUUAUCUUCCAUUUCAUGAUUCGAAUUUAAUGGAAAUGUAUAAGAAAAUUAGUAAAGGAGAAUUCAAAUGUCCUGAAUAUUUCCCUCCUGAGGUGAAAAAACUUCUUUCAAGAAUUCUUGAUCCGAAUCCGUGUUCAAGAAUUACAUUAGCUAAGCUGAUGGAGAAUCAUUGGUUCAAGAGAGGAUACAAACAAAUUGAUAAAACACCAAUCCUAGAUCAAGUACAAGACAAUUCGCCUCGCAGUAUUUUCGAUAUUGUGGAUGAUUCGGAUGCUGAGUGUUCUUCAGGGCGAAAAGAGCAGAGCUCAACAAUGAAGCCUACUUGUUUGAAUGCUUUUGAUAUCAUUUCUCUUUCUCCUGGUUUUGAUCUCUCAAGCUUGUUUGAGAAAGACAAGAGCUAUAGAUCUGAGGCUAGAUUCACAACACAAAAGCCGGCGUCCACUAUUGUUUCGAAGCUAGAGGAAGUAGCUUCGAUGGGGAGUUUUAAGGUGAAGAAGAAAGACGGAAUGGUAAAAAUGCAAGGAAGCAAAGAAGGGAGAAAAGGGCAACUAGCUAUUGAUGCAGAGAUAUUUGAGAUUACACCAACUUUCCAUGUUGUAGAAGUGUCAAAAAAGUCAGGAGACACUGCAGAAUAUAGGAAGUUUUGUGAUCAAGGCUUAAAGCCUUCUUUAAAAGAUAUAGUUUGGACAUGGCAGGGCAGUGAGCAGCAGGAAAAUCAAAAAAUCAAACCUUAAAAAAUAAAAAUUUCUGGGGGAACCUUUGAGCAACACUCAAGUUGUCUCAUGUGACCUAUAAUUCAGGCGUUUGAGCCGUGGAAUCAGCCACUGAUUCUUGCAUCAUGGUAGGCUGCCUACAUCACAUCCCAUGGGUGCGGUCUUUCCCCGAACCCUAUGUGAAUCUGGGAUGCUUUGUGCACCAGGAUGUCCUUUAUAAACAUCAUCUUUAUUCUUUUGGAACUUUUGAGGGAGCUAAUAUUUUUAUAGUCUUAUUGGAUGAAGUUUGGUGGCUGCUUUUCUGCUUCAUUAGAGUAUUAAUUUGAUUAGACAAGUAUAUAUUAUGGCUACAAAGUUGAUCAAAUAUAUUUUUCUAUAUCUAAAUUAUUUAUUCUUGUAUUUAAUGGUAAUCAUAGUAAUAUUCAAAAGGUUAAUUCGUUUC